UUCCAUUGUUGUCUCUAUCUGGUAAUUUGCAAAUUUUCUCAGUGACAGGUAGCCAGCGCAACGAAAAAUGAAUUAUAAAUUGGCAAAUAUACGACAGUGAGAAAAUUUACGGUUGGAUUCAUGACUUUUUGUUGAAUUCUACACAAAAGUACAUUGGAUGCAUACAGGAGCAGAAAGUGGACGACUGUCGCUGAAAGCCAUGAAAACAUUGGAACAAAUCAAACACGAAUUUCCACUCCACUGGCUGGUAUGGAGCAACAGCGUUGACGAGUUAGAGCGGGCGUUAAAAACGGAAACGGUUGACAAGGAGAAAAUCGAUACUCGGGGACGAACCCCACUGAUGUUAGCAGUAAAAUUAUCACACUUGCAAUGUGCAAAGUGCCUUUUAGCGGCGAAAUGUAAUGCCACUUAUGAACACGAAGGAUGGUCAAUUGUACAGGAAGCUGUUUGCUCCGGCGAUGAGGAUAUACUGACUGCCAUCAUUGAAGUACGAGACUUGCAACGUCAUAUGCAACGUGUAACGCAUGUUCCCAAAUUAUUACAACAUCUUUUGGAUGCGCCUGACUUUUACAUUGAAAUGAAAUGGGAAUUCACUUCUUGGGUUCCCCUAAUGUCUCGCCUUUGUCCCAGCGACACCUAUAAAGUUUAUAAACGUGGUGCGAACGUCCGAAUCGAUACCACUCUACUAGGUUUUGAUAACAAUACCUGGCAAAGAGGGAAUCGUUCAUACAUCUUUAAAGGCGCGAAGGACUCUGCUACCAUGAUUGAGAUCGACCACGAUACUCAUGAAGUGAUGGAGGAGCAAAUGAAUAACGAAAUAGGAGAUAUUGUGGCAAUACCGCCCCCAAUGGGGUCUGUCCGUGCUCGUCUUAAUGCACCUGUUAUUACCAAUAACAUUGAAAUGGAAAAGAUUAGUUUUGAGCGAAACAAAUCGGGAAUAUGGGGUUGGCGUAGCGAAAAGUCUGAGUUGGUCAAUGGAUACAAUUGUAAAGUUUAUGGUGCCAGUAAUGUUGAGUUUAUAACGCGCACCCGCAUGGACCAUUUAAAUGACGAUCAAAUUAAGAGUAAAUGCGGGCGUACUCCACUGCAUAGUUUUUUAGGAAUAGCUGAUGAUGAAUUUUCCAGUACUCGUCCUAAUGAGGGACUAAAUACCAAAGAUCGGACGCCUUCUCCAUCCCCUGUGACCCCAUUACUUGAUCAAAGCUUUGAAAAUAGCACGGGCGAAGAGAAUGCCAGUUGCAGUUCAGGCACUAUUUCACCUAAGCAUGUUAUUACACCAGAAGAGUAUUUUUCCCCCGAUGUCGAUUUAAAUGGGCGUGACAUUGGACGACCAAAGAAAGUCACAACAAAGAUUCAGAGAUUUAAGGCUAAUUUAUGGCUCUCCGAGGAGUAUCCUAUGCGGCUGCAAGAACAAGUUCUUCCUAUACUAGAUUUAAUGUCAACCAUGGCUAGUCCACAUGUGUCCAAAUUGAAAGACUUUAUCACUAUGCAACUGCCAUCCGGGUUUCCAGUGAAAGUUGAAAUCCCACUCUUCCAUGUCUUAAAUGCAUGCAUUACAUUCGGAAAUGUAUUUGGAAUGACAAAUCCAAUAGAACAUGUAACCACAAUUAAUGAAGAUGAUCGCAUAACUUGCAUUGUAGAUGACCGUUGUUUCGAUAUACCAAAUCAUUACGCCAAUAGAGGCGCAGACUCGCGUCGUCAAUUACCUUUGGAUGAAGACGAUAUGCUGCAAUAUGCAAUUGAACAAAGUUUAGUAGAAACGACGGCUGGUGCUGCUUCUGUCCCUUUAGUUGCUGAGGAUACCGACAAAGUAGAUAUAUGGGAGGCUUUACGUGGUCAGGGGGCAGACGGAAUUCCAGAUGAAGACGAACAGUUGCAGAGGGUAUUGCAGGAGUCAUUGUGCGGCCCAGCACAAACCACUGCAUCCCCACUCACCGAUGAAGACGACGACGACGAUGGCGGUUUCCGUUAUAUGGAUCCGGAUCUGGCAAUGGCCUUGCGGCUUAGUCAACAGGAUCAAGAGCAGUAUGAAUUGGAUUUACAGCGUGAACAAGAAAUGAUUGAACAGGCGCUAAAACUGAGUCUUCAGGAAAACUAAAUCAUUUAUAUGUGAGGAACAAGUGUGUGCAUAUGAUGCAUCCUUCAUAUAAUUUUCAUUCGAAAUAUUUUCGAAUUUAUAUAAAUAUCAAUCACUAACCACUACAUCCAAUAUAAAUUAAGACAGAGGAAUUUAAUACAAUAUUUUUAAGCAGGUUUAAAAUCCAUGACUUUGUCCGUUAAACGUGACAAAGCUUUAAGAAAUUUUGCUUUCUAUAGUACUGAGUUGUUUCAAAACAGUAUUGUAUUGUAUCUAGUGCAUAAAUACCAUACACAAAUUUUGUUCUUGAAUUAUUAUUAAAGAUAACAUACGAUAAGCUGAAAUGGUUUGUUUUUUUGAGCAUUUGUACGAUUUAUUUCUAUGUAUAUAUGAAUGUAUGUAUAUUUUUAUAACAUUAUAGACAAGCAUUUCAAAACCAGUUUUUAUUGAAAAUGUUCAACAAUCAAAAGGUCACUUAAAAAAACCGAAUAAAUGUUUGUCCGAGUUAAAUGUUUUCUCUAAAAGAAAAAGUUCUCUUAAAAUUGAAGCCUUUGAAGGUUAAUUCGGAAAUUCGUUAGUACAGCCUAAUGGAAAUCGAGGUAUGUUUGGUGUUUGAAUAUAUGUAAUUAAAUGUCUUCUGUUAGCGUACUUCAACCCUAAAUUCCAAAUGAUUCAUUACUUUGUGAGAAGUUCUUCGAAUCUAAAAUAGUAAUUUGUCCCAAUGAAACUAUUUCGUAAUUUUUAGAGUUUAAAAGUUUAAUGAAUACUAAUUAUAUUCCAUUGAAUCCACUGUAUCCGAUAUAUAUCCAAUACAAACACUAGUCGCUACUUGCAUUAGAUAUAAAUUAUUAUUUCUAAGAAAAUGUAGAUUCUAUGGUCUACCGUAGUACAGUUGUAUAGGUAAAAAUGUAAAAGUGCUCAGAAUCGUGGCGCGUGAUCCGUAAGAAAUCUUAAGUUUUAAGUUCAAACAAGUACAUAAACUUUACAAGUAAAGUCACAAUUGUAAAUAAAAAUUUAAAAAAAAAUUGUAA